ACCUAAAAUGAGGAACAACAAAACUGAGAAUGUUAAAGUAUGUCGGGCAGCACUACUUACAAUUUUGCAAGAGAGUAAAAACCGAGUGCAAUUGAUUUGCAAAAAGUACCUGGAAACAGGCGUCGUACCUUUGGAGACUCGUGGAGGAGCACGCCAAGUUGAUAAAUAUAAUAUAAAGAAAGACAGCAUCAAAUCUUUUAUUAAAACAUUUAUUCCAGUACAAAAACACUAUUGCAGAGCGAAAAACAAGCAUAGGCAAUACCUUCCAAGUGAGCUUAACAUUACAAAAAUGUGGAAAAUGUAUAUUGAGCAGCAUCCAACUGAAGAAUUAAAGUAUGAGUAUGACUUUUUCAGGCUGGUUUUUUCUGAGAACUUUAACAUUGGUUUUGACGCUCCGUACACUGAUAAGUGUUCAACCUGCACAAGGCUUGAGUGUGAACUAGCCACAGAAAAAGAUGCAGGCAAGCGUGAAACACUAAAGCUAAACCUAAAAGCCCACAAAGUCCGUGCAGACAAAUUCUACAAACUUUUGCAAGAAAAUAAUGAUAAAGAGCUUAUUCUGAGCUAUGAUUGUCAGAAAAAUCUUGUCCUUCCUAAAAUACCGGACCAAGCCGCAUACUAUAAGCGCCAGCUAUAUCUAUAUAAUUUUGUGAUUUGUGAGGGACAUUCUAAAGUCCUCUUGAAUUCAGAAAACACCUUUUCUUACCUCUGGACUGAAAACCAGUAUGCAAAAGGGUCCAGUCAAAUUGCAUCUGCUGUUUACCACAGGUUAACAAGCGCUAACAUGGAAAAUGUCACCACAGUCAAACUUUUCUCUGACGGCUGUGGUGGCCAAAACAAGAACACAACUGUUGUCGGUAUGAUUGCUCAUUGGCUCCUGAAAGAUGCACCUAAACAUGUUACUAAAGUUGUACUACUCUUUCCGGUAGUCGGCCAUUCUUUCAUUCCCCCUGAUAGAGUGUUUGGAGUACUUGAAAGGAAAUUUCAAGAUCUGAGUGUAAUCAACAAUCCCAAUGAGUACACUGAAAUAAUUGAAAAGCACUGUACUGUUGUGAAACUUGGGACGGAUUGCCCUGUGAGUGAUUGGAAAACUCUAACCGAUGCUGUUCUAAAAAAACCAGGACAAUGGCAUUUUCAAUUUCGAAAGGCCAAGAAAUUUAUCUUUUCAAGAAGUAAAAGUAAUCCAAACUCCAUCCUGGUACAAGGAGAAGCAAACUAUGUAUUUGAAAUCGGCGAGAACGAUAUUAAGAUCUUCCUUGAUGUGGCCUGCUCUGAUGAUUGCCGUCGGCUUCAGAUGACGCUAGAUUGGUGUCGUCGCAAUGCCAUGGAACUUAAUGCUACAAAGAGUGCUGUCCUGACCUAUACAAGAAGGAAUGAUCCUAUUAUUUUUGACUACAAUCUAUCCGGCACUCCAUUGAAGAGAGUAUCGUGUUUUAGGGACCUGUGUGUGACAAUGGCCUCGGAUCUCGGUCCUGGGGAGCACAUAGCUCUCAUCUGUAGCAAAGAUAACUCCUCGCUGGGCUUUCUGUGUAGAGCAUCGAGUGACUUCCGAUCUCCAAAAACCUUGGCAACAAUUUUUAAAACUAUUGUUAGACCUAUCCUGGAAUACGCCUCCGUCAUCUAG